GCUAUUUAAUGUCACAAGAAGUCAAGAAUGAGCGUUUUAAAAGCAGUGAUCUGUUGCACCAAACAGAAACAGUAUCCUCUGCAGACACAAACGUCAGUUACAAAGAGCUGAGCAAAACCCUUUCUGACUACAUGAUGCACCUCCUCGUCGUGCAGCCCUCUCUGAUGUCAACAGUUGCAGGGAUUGAUAAGGUAAGGUUCAGAGAUGCAAUAGCAGAGGUCAGAAACCUUCAAGAGGCUAAAAAGCUGUUUCAGUGGAUGCAUGUUGCGGAUUCGAGAGAUGCAAAGAUGGCCUGUGAAGCAAUUGUGGCUUCCUAUAAGUCAGCUGAGCAAAGGCACGAGAGUGCCAAAGGGUACCGAAGCAAGUCUGUUGGUUCUCGUGUUCUCUUAGUUCUA